CCAAAUGUUGUCAGUCUUGCUCGUCGUAGUGUACUGGGGUUGAGAGAAAUAUGGCUGACGCUAAGGAGAAAGAAGAAUCGAAGCAGGCUGAAAGCAUCCUUCACACUGAAGGUGGAGGUGAAACGAACAAUGACGACAUAUUACGUGCUAAACAAGAGGGGAGGGAGCUGACCAAAGAAGAGAAACAACGUCUGAGGAAAGAGAAAAAACAACAGAAGAAACAGAAAGGUGGAAAGGAAGACAAGACUGCAUCUGAACAUGAACAAGGGAAAGGAAAGAAACAGGUUGCCUCGCCUGAGUCACAGAAGGCAACGCGGCCUCCUACACAAAAAGCUUCUGUCACUGUGCCUUCACCCAUGCCUUCACCUGUAGAGGCCCCAGCUCCACCCUCGGCCCCAGCCUCCAAACCCGCAGCUUCCACCACGGCUCCAUCGCCCGAGUCCGCGGCUGCCCCCUCAGAGAAGCCAGCAAAGACCAAAGCUGAGAUGAAGGCAGAGAGGCGCGCCAGGCAGGAGGCCGAGCGGGCGUCCAAAGCCAAGAAGGGAGAGCCGGGCCAGCCGUCCACCUCCGGCAAGAGCAAGACCGUCGCCAAUGAGCUACAGCCAGUGGUGAAGAGGUUACCAGAACAUGUCCAAGUCGAUGACCCAGCAGCUAUUAGAAAGCUGGCCAAGAAGCUGGAAAGGCAACAGAUCCCUCUCAGGUCGGAUUAUGGCUACAAAGUCAGCCUCUUCUCUCACCUGCACCAGUACAGCCGGAAAGCCCCACUCACGCAGCAAAUCAGCAUUCCCUCCACGGUAAUCCACCCCUCUAUUGUGCGGCUGGGUCUGCAGUACUCCCAGGGCAUUGUUGCUGGAUCCAACGCUCGCUCGGUCGCACUUCUGCAUGCUUUUAAACAGGUGAUCCAAGACUACACUACACCUCAGCAUGAGGAGCUAUCCAGAGACUUGGUGAACAAGCUGAAACCUUACAUAAGUUUUCUAAACCAGUGUCGCCCCCUGUCAGCGAGCAUGGGUAAUGCCAUAAAGUACAUAAAGAAGGAGAUCUCCCAUAUCCCCAGCCAAUGUAAAGAGGAGGAGGCCAAGACAAAAUUGGUGGAGUGCAUAGAUGCUUACAUUAAUGAGAAGAUCAUACUGGCAGCUAAGGUCAUCUCUGAGUACGCUAUUGAGAAGAUCAGUGAUGGGGACAUUAUUCUCAUUUAUGGAUGCUCUUCACUAGUCAACCAUAUCCUGUGCGAGGCGCUGGAGAAGAAGAGAAAGUUCCGGGUGGUGGUGGUGGACAGUCGGCCGCGACUGGAGGGCAGAGAGGCUGUCAGGCGCCUGGUGAAGAGAGGCAUCAGCUGUACCUACGUGCUCAUCUCCGCCGUCUCCUACAUUCUACAGGAGGUUUCUAAAGUCUUUCUAGGUGCCCAUGCGUUACUGGCCAACGGCUACGUGAUGUCGAGAGUGGGCACGUCUCAGAUAGCGCUGGUGGCCAAGGCGUACAACGUGCCAGUGCUGGUGUGCUGCGAGACCUACAAGUUCUGCGAACGAGUGCAGACGGACUCCUUCGUCUCCAACGAACUGGACGACCCUGAUGACCUCAUUGUGACCCGGAAGGGAAAGACUCAGCUACAGGACUGGCAAAAUGUGAAAUCUCUGGGGCUGCUCAACCUUGUGUACGAUGUAACGCCGCCGGACCUUGUGGAUUUGGUCAUCACGGACCUGGGCAUGAUCCCCUGUACUUCGGUACCGGUGGUUCUACGAGUUAAGAACGUUGACCAGUAAUGAUCAGGAGAAACUCCCAGAUGGCUAAGCCUAGCAGCCGGUUGUGCCAAGGCAGAAGCAUGACAUGAAUAUAUUAUAUAUAUAAAUAUGAAUAUAUCAGAAAAAAAGAAACACUGCUUUGGUUUAUUUUGUUUUGUGUGUGUGCGUGCGUGCGUGCGUGUGUGCUGGACAGAAUAAAUCAGAUGAAAGAGGAGAUUGUGUGUGUGUGUGUGUGUGUGUGUGUGAGAGGGAGUGUGUGUGUGUGUGUGUGAGAGACAGAAACUCAAUACAAAAAAGGGCACUUUUUCAAUGGAGACAGGGAAGAACACAUCCAUGUACACAAUA